GGAACAACUGCUCUAUACGAUUCGCUGUAAUUGGCAACAUUGAUUGAUAUUUGUCAAAAUAAUUCAGUCAAACAAACGAACAUGGAUUCUUUGGCUGCAAAGCCCGAGAAGUUUAAUGUGUGUAGUAGAAAUGCAUAUGAUAAAGUAAUAUCAAAUACUCCCAGAAACAUGUCAGCUAAUAGUACUAAUAUUGUCCAUAAGUUAUUUAAUAGAGAGACAUUUGGUGGAACAUCUAGGAAAAGCAAUGAUAGGGGUCGCAGAGUGUUUGAGCGGAUCCCCCCGAGACUGCGGUUCUGCCUGAUGGACAUAGUGCCCCUGUCCUACCUGACGGAGCAUGUGUUCAUGGGCUUUUCCCAGUGCGGGCAGUUCCUACUCAGCUUCACAUACAGCUGUAACACACAACUAUACUUUAGAGAGAGUUCUAAGUUCACCUUACACUUCCUGGCAUGGGUGCCUGGCACCAUAGUGCGUCCAGUGCACAGCGUGCCAUUGUUCGGAGACGAUUGUGUGGACAGCAAAGUGACCAUAUCCAUGGCACAGUGGAAACACAACCCAGAUGCCUUAGUUGUAUAUGGAAUUGCAGAUUCCUGUUCGGAACGGUCCUACCUCAGUGUUAUAGGAGUACCUCGCUUAGGGUGUAAGAAAUGCGCAGCUUUUUCUAGAACUGAAGAUGAUCUAAUUUGGGGCAGAAGAUGUAUCCAACACAACUUUGCGAUACACACGAAAUUCUUCUGCACGUCCGACUCUAGUAUGUACGAACCAGUAGUUCAGCUCGCCUACUCCAAACAGAUCAUUAUCUACACUGACUUCAUCCACAUACUCGAGAUAGACUUCGUAGAACCUGACCCAGAGAAAGCAGAGAGGGAAGCAGAAGACACAAAGAACUUUUUAGACAGGGACAGGGAGGAAGUCAACUCUAUUGAUACGAACCCCGACACCCCGGCGUCAGACGUCUCCGCACCAUUUCAGUCUCCAAAAUAUCAGAACAACGUCGUCCAGAAUAUCUUAGCAGAUUUCUCAGACUUCGAGAUGGAACCGUACCAAAUGUCUAAGCCUGUGCGGUUGCCUGAUGUUAUGGGACAAGAACUAUGUAUUCAGGCCUCCUCCAUCUCUCACCACAACUUGGUAGAGGAAUGGGAAGGACCCUCGCCAUCCAUCAGGACGCUGAUCAGCCCUCCACUACGGUCUCCGAGGCGACGGCCGGCUGAAAGCAUGUCACGGUUCAACGAAACGCAUAGAACAAUAGCGGAGAAGGCUUACGAAUUCGUAGAGGAAGCAGAAACUAAAUGUGAGAAACUCAGUAUGUUUAGGAAACGAAGGUUAGCCGACAAGAAGUACGAGUUCUCCGAGGACAACAACGAAAACAUCGUCCCGUUCAGGGUGCUACGGAGUAACAGGAAAUAUUUCAUAGGUUCCACGAGUAAAAGUCAGGUGAAGCGAGGCAAGUCUCCUACUGGGGAGAACGUGGUGCUGAGAGCACACAACCAGAUCAGUCGGGCGCCCUCGCCGACCACCAGCUCGGAGCUGAAGAACCCUGACCUGUCCACGCUGGAGUCGGACCACAACAGUGAGUCCGAGUACCGGGUCACGGAGAUGUUGGACGACGGCUCUCUAAAAACUGUCGCUGUGCACGACAACACCUCGAAGACUCUCUCAGACUGCCCGGUCAACGAACAAGACCCGUAUCUCGUGCACUCUGGGAACUCGAAAUGCAGUAAAUUCUUCACGCGUUACUUCGUGGAGAGCGAUGAUGACAUAACUUCUAUUAUCACGGACUCAGAAGAUGACUGCAUCUCUGGGUACCACGUGGCGCUGCCGCUGUCGGCGCACGGCGCGGGGUACGUGGGUCUGCAGGGCAUCAGCGCGGGCGCGUGGGAGCGGCUGUGCGGCGCCGGCCCGCCGCUGCUGCCGCUGACGCUGCGCGCCCACCAGCGCUCCUUGGACACAGAGCUGCUCUGCAACGAAGUCUGCGGCCGACUCUGCAAUAUUAACAAGAAGAAGUUCAUUUACUGCUUCGACUGGGGCUGCCAUGUUAUUGAUGUUUGCCAGUCUAGCGGAUGCUUGUCCGGGUUGUGUGCGAUGUGGAUGUGGGCGAGCGACGACAAUGGCGCCACGGCGGAGUGCGAGGCUUGCAAGGACGUCAGUGCGGGCUGUCUCGUACAUCGGCAACAGUACGCUGCAGAGUGUUUGUUUGUGUGGGAUCUUGUGAGCGGAGUGUACAGGACUGAGAGAGUUUCCAUGACAGAAGACUCCAGCCAGGAGGGAAGCAGAGUUUCAGGUGCAGACCGCGCUCGGGAGCUAGCCAAGAAGCUGGGCCCGAUCAACAUGCCGCCUGGCAAUGAGAAUAGGUUGCUAACUACGUUGACAGAUAUAUGCAUUGUUACAGGGCGGUCACUCAAAAGACUGACCGAUGUGGACAACUGCAUCGAAAUCACAAAGAAUCAUCCCGACAGCUCGGAAUCUGAGUCAUCAGCGGAGGAAGACAGUGACUACGACUGAUUAUAUUCUAGAAACAUCUAUAAUGCAUAAUUAUAACCUCUAAAGUGAAUUUUACGAGGUUCCUAUGGACUAGUUUGUUAUGGACACGGAGAAGUAACUAAGUGGAAUGCUAACGUAAGGAAAUAUGUUUUGGUGUAUCUUGCUAUAAUAUUUAUGUCAUUUUUAAAACCAUUAUGUAGCUGUCUUAGUUAAGAAAAAUACUCAUAUUUUUAUGUGACUGAAUCAUACAGAUUGUUGGCUUUAUUCCAUAUUUUUACUUGUUUAAAAACUUUGUAUUUUUUUGGUAUGUUUUGAGGUACUUUAAGUCAAGGGUUAGCACUCCAAUGAUUAUAUUCUCCGUGGUUGUUCGUCACAAAGUAAACAACGAAUGGAAGUCGAGUACGUAUUGUAUAAAUGUUUUUCUCCUUAGGAGUUCAAGAAACAGGUUCUUAGUAGUAGAUCAACUGAAGUAUUUAUGUUUAUUCCUGUUAAUUGCCGGAUUUGUCUUUGAACAAAGUAUUAUUUGUUCUUUAUUGUGAAUGUUCUAUAUUUGUCUUUUGUGAACAAAGCUUAGAACUAAGCAAUAUAUUACAGUGAGACGUGUUUAAGUAAACAUUGGUUUUUCAAAGGCAUAUAAUAAUAUGUUCCCUAUUGAUAAUAAGAUAAAGUGUCGUAUCUGAUUUAAGCCGUAAUAAUAUAUUAUCCCUUUUCAAGUAGCGUGGAAUUUUAGUCACAUGUAGGAUCCCGAUUUUUAUUAUAGUAGUAACAUUUACCUCUUUUUACCCGACUCUAGGAAGGGUAUUGUUUUUUAAAUAUUAUUCCCAUAAAUACCCACUCAAUUUUAAACAAGUUUCUACCAUUUUGUGUCUCUUGUAAAUAGUUUUCUGACGAAAAUAUUUGAUACUAAUAGAAUCAGUGUUGUAAAAGAAUCCGUUUCUAUAUUUUCAUAUGGAAUUUUACUUGUAAUUUAUAACAUAACAGCUACUGCAAUAGUAACUUCUUGUUAAGAUAUUGUCGUUGUUCAGAUUCUAAUUUCAUAAUGGAGUAGGUAGAAAUGUAAGUAGACUACAUUUGGUGUUUCUUAAAAAAAUACUAUUUUGAAGAAGUAAUUAUCCACGAUGAUUAAUAAGCGAUUAUUAUGUAUCUAACCGCCGUACUCAGAGUCAUUUAAUGGUUAUUUAAACCAGCCCUUAGUAACGAUUUUGCUCCGAAAACAAUUGCUAAGUAACCAUUCAAUGACUCUGUGUGUGGCAGUUAGAAACUUAUAAACAAAAUAUUAUUCUUAUUGCUAUCGGAUGACACAGUUAACGUUUUUAUAAUCAAUAUAAUUUUUGUAUGAAGGUGUAAUGACUUUGUUUGUCGUAGAAACACCUCUCUUAAAUAAUAUGAAUACAGCAACUCUGUCUUUUUAGAACUUGUGGUCGGUUGUAAAGCAUUGUAUUGCGUACUUAACGAUUUAUGUAUCCCACUGCUUGUUUACUUAAAUAGUCUGUGCGAAAAGACGUAUAGUUAUAGUAAACUGCCAAUAUUAUCAACAUUCUGUAUCUGUGACACUUUUUUAUUUAUUUAUUUCGUGUAGAUGAUUACUGGAGUGAAUGACUUUAUGUGUAGUUUUUCUAAUGUACAUAUUAUGUAAUCUAUACUACGGAAGGAUCGUUGAUACGUCUUUUUGCGACGCAUUUUCUUACCUUAAAUAAAAGAAUUGUCUUCGCAUCCGGCCUUUAGACUAGCAACGAAUCGUCGGAUACUCAAAUGGCUGACUGCCGCAUGAUAUUUCAUUGUACAUAAUUAUAGUCUUAUGAUUUAAUUUAUGUGUACCGUUUUAAGUAGAAGUUUCCACUAUCAAUGUCCAGUUUUGGUGUCUGUUAGAAUGAGUUUAGCUCCGCUCACGAUAUCUGUAUUCUAUGGGUUCCUUGUUUAACUAUGGACCCUAAAAGACUGGGGUAUUGAAACACCCUGAUUCUGUGUAACACUAUCGAAUGCAUAAGGGGAAAUACCAUUACAGUUUACCCUUUAGUCUUUAUAAAGUAACUCAUUCGCUGAUAAUUUGUAAAGGAUAAUUAGAAAUCUAAGAAUAAAAAUGUGCAAAAUAUGAUCUGUUUACACAAAUCUGUACACUCCACUUUUAUUGUAUCAAAACCUCAGUCUUUAUUGAUAAGAUAAAAACACGUGUAUUGAUGUCUAUGUAUUACUUUUUACUGCAUUUAUGUAUGUAUAAAGUUAUCAAUUACAAGUAGUAUGAUAAUCAUCAAUGAUAUUAAUGUGUAAAUGUUUCAACGAAUGACCAUUAUAAAUGGAUUCUAGCACAUCUGAGGUGAAUGGCGUAAGAUAGUAUGAGCUUAGGUGUGGACUGUUCUUCUUAAUAUAAGAAGCAAGUGGUGUUUGCAAACAAUUCAUACAUAUGUGCUGGAAUUCACUCCUAAAUAUGAACCUAGGCUCAUAAAAGGUUGUGAUUGUUUGAACAUAGGUUUGUAAAGAGAAGUGCCUCUGUGACUUGAUCAAUACCCUCCAACUAUACCACCUCUUUCAACAAAUGUAGCUAUUUAUUUUAUCUGUGACACAGGCAGUUUAGUCUUUCAUGUUAGCAGUUCUCUAUAGUUCUGAUCUUGAAGAUUUUGUAUAUAUAUUUUUAUUAGUGAUCCGAGAUCUCACGAUACUAGACUUAUGAACUGUGGAGGGUGAACAUACUACGUAAUUUUGGAGCAAAUAUGAAGGCAAUGAGUACUACUAGCGUAUAGAAUCUUAAUCAUAUUUGUUGAGCCGUAUUGUAUUGACCUACGUUAUGGUCGAUUUCACUCUUUGCCAGUUAUAUUGUGGCGAUGGUUUUAAAAAUGUUUCUAAUGAAUAUGAAGUAGAAUAGAAAAAAGAGAUUAUCCUAUACAGUAAUUACUCACGUUGCGAUAACGGGAUCAAAGGUCGAGAUUAUUACAUUUGGACGCAAUAUUUAUCAUAAUGGCAAGCAAAAUGUAUCAAAUAUGGUGCCAAAAAGGAACUCCAAGGUCCAAACGCAACAGAGCGGGAAAUUAUAUAAAUUACUGGAUAGGCUCUUUAAAAAUGAAUGUUUAACAUAUUUAUCUCACUAACACGUGAGCAGUUGUGAGCUCUAGUCUUAAGGAUUGAAUGAUAGCACUAGUGUGUAACCAACCGCUCCAAGCCAGAGGCAUUCUGAACUAAGUAACUAAGCAAUAUGUAUGUAACAAUGGUUGUCUCAGAAUAUUUUUCUCAAAUGUCUUAUAAAGGAUUGAAAAUUGUAUUAAUCAGCUUACAGUAGGUAAGUCAGAUGAUUGCAUUUAAUUUUGUGUUGUACCUGUCGACAAAGACACUGACAGUGUUACUUGCCAUCAAAUUGUAUUAUACUAUAGAUAGGUAUGAAACAAUGCAUGAUGUAAUAAUAACAUGAAUAAUUAA